AUGGCUGCAUUUGGUUGGGAUCAAGGGCAAAUAUAUUCAACCUCUGUUCUUCCUGGACAAGUUCAAGUUAAUUCUCAUUCUGAAAUUACUUCUUUAUUCUAUGAGUUCAUUCAAACUUUCCGUGCAAGAAAUAACUUUAUUUACAGAGAUCAACUUCAGGAAAAUGUGUUGACAAAGCAGUACUAUCUUGAAGUAGACAUGGCUGAUCUUAUUGGUUAUAAUGAUAAGCUUGCAGACGGCCUAAAGAAGAAUCCUGCUGAAUUUUUACCUCUUUUUGAAAAUGCUGUUAAAGAAUCUGCCAAGCGUAUUUUGUUUGUGAAUCCUAACGAUGUGAAUAAUGUGGAUAUUCCUGACUGUCAAGUGAUGCUCAAGUCUAGCGAGAAUGUUGUUCAAAUUCGAGACUUGGAUUCUGAAUACAUUGGUAAAUUGGUACGUAUUCCAGGUAUCGUCAUCGGUGCCUCCACGUUAAGCUCAAGAGCGACUCAAGUGACAGCAAUGUGUCGAGCUUGUUUGAACACCAAAGUACUUCCUAUUCACGGUGGUUUUUCAUCUAUCACACUGCCCAGAAGCUGUGAUAAUGCACGAGAUGUAGACGGAUCUCGAAACAAGUGUCCUAUGGAUCCAUUCGUGAUUGUCCAUGACAAGUGUAAGUUUGUCGAUUCACAAGUUAUAAAGUUACAGGAAGCACCCGACAUGGUGCCUGUCGGUGACUUACCUCGUCACAUCAUCUUGAAUGCCGAUCGCUGGUUGACAAACCGUGUUGUUCCUGGUAUGCGUGCAGUUAUUAUGGGUAUCUAUUCAAUCUAUCAAAGCAAAUCAAAUAAAGGAUCCGGUGCCACUGCUGUCCGUACACCUUAUAUUCGAGUCGUCGGUCUCGAAGUUGAUCAGCACAACAGUAGUCGUGGGCGACCUCAUUUCACAGAAGCAGAGGAAGAGGAAUUCGUUCGAUUGUCUCGUCAACCUGAUUUGUACAAUAUACUGGCUAGCAGUCUUGCUCCAUCCAUUUUUGGCAAUGAAGAUAUCAAAAAAGCCAUUGUUUGUUUGCUCUUUGGCGGUUCUAAAAAGAUCCUUCCUGAUGGCAUGAGAUUAAGAGGUGACAUUAGCGUCUUGCUCUUGGGUGAUCCAGGUACUGCUAAAUCACAACUUUUGAAAUUUGCAGAAAAGGUAGCUCCUAUUGCUGUCUACACUUCUGGUAAAGGUAGCAGUGCUGCAGGUUUAACAGCUUCUGUCAUACGUGACCCUAAUACGAGGGACUUUUAUCUGGAAGGUGGUGCCAUGGUAUUAGCUGAUGGUGGCGUUGUAUGUAUUGAUGAGUUUGACAAGAUGCGUGACGAAGACCGUGUGGCUAUUCAUGAAGCAAUGGAACAACAAACGAUUUCGAUUGCCAAGGCAGGUAUCACAACCAUCCUGAACUCCCGUACGUCUGUUUUGGCUGCUGCUAAUCCUGUAUUCGGUCGAUAUGAUGACAUGAAGAGUGCAGGUGAAAACAUUGAUUUCCAGACGACAAUCUUGUCCCGUUUUGACAUGAUCUUUGUUGUUAAGGAUGAACACAAUGAAGCUCGAGAUAUGUCUAUUGCUAGACACGUCUUGAACGUUCACAUGAACAAACAAAUUCAAGAUGCUGCCAUGGGAGAAAUUGAUUUGGAAAAGAUGAAGGCAUACAUCAACUAUUGUAAAGCUAAAUGCGCCCCUAGAUUAACACCAUCAGCUGCAGAGAAAUUGAGUAGCCAUUUCGUUUCUAUUCGUAAAGAGCUCAAGGAGACCGAGAGAGACACACAAGUGAGAUCAACAAUUCCUAUCACGAUCAGACAACUGGAAGCCAUCAUUCGUAUAUCUGAAUCCUUGGCCAAGAUGACACUAUCGCCUCAUGCAACAGAAAGACAUGUAGAGGAAGCACUUCGUCUGUUCAAAUAUUCAACUAUGGAUGCUGUUCAAAGUGGAGGAGCUGAAGGCAUGACACGUAGUGAGAUGAUGCAAGAAGUUCAACUGAUUGAAGCAGACAUUCUAAGACGAUUGCCUGUUGGUUCUCAAGUACCUGUGGCAAGGAUUAAAGCUGACUUUUUAAAUCAAGGAUAUACUGAAUCUGCCAUCACGAGAGCACUGGCCAUCCUUGGACGUCGAGAAGUGCUGUUGUUUAGAAACCAAGGAAAGACUGUUCUUAGACAAGCUGUUUAA